AUGAGGAAGCAACCCAGUGGUGCCAGCGAGAACCAGACCACCUGGCUGAUCCUAGUGGGCUUCGGGGAGCUGCAACGCCUGCGCUUCCUCCCUUUCACCCUCUUUUUAGCUAUUUAUGUGAUGACCGUGGGGGGCAAUGCCCUUAUCGUGCUGGCUGUGGCCUCCAGUCGGACUCUCCACACACCCAUGUACUUCUUCCUCUGCCACUUCUCCCUGCUGGAGAUCGGCUAUACCUCCAACAUCGUGCCUCAGCUGUUGCGGAGCUUCCUGAAAGGGAGGGAAGCCAUCUCGCUGGCCUGCUGUCUGCUUCAGUUCUACAUGUUUGCCUCACUGGCUGCGGCUGAGUGCCUCCUGCUCUCGGCCAUGUCCUACGACCGUUACUUGGCCAUCUGCCGCCCACUGCACUACCCGGCCCUGAUGAGCACCUGGUGGUGUGGCUGCCUGGCUGCUGGAGCCUGGUUCAGCGGCUUCUCCUUUUCCGCCCUCACUCUGGCCCUGGCGGCCCCUCUGCCCCUCUGCCCUGGCCGCAGGGAGAUCGACCACUACUUCUGUGACUUUGCUCCUGUUGUAGGGCUGUUCUGUGGUGAUAGAGGGGUCAUGUGGGGAGCUGGAGUGAGCAUUUCAGGCUUCCUGACACUGGCCCCUUUCCUGUUGAUUGUGACCUCCUACGCCUUCAUCCUGAGGACUGUGCUGCGAAUACCAUCAGGCCGUGGGAGGCACAAAGCCUUCUCCACCUGUUCCUCCCACCUCAGCGUGGUUGGGGUGUUUUAUGGCACCCUCAUCGUGGUCUAUGUAGCACCCACAGACCACAUGGCCCCCUUACUUCGAAAGGCUUUCUCUGUCCUCUACACUGUGUUCACCCCUAUGGCCAACCCCAUCAUCUACAGCCUCAAGAACCAAGAGGUCAAGGGGGCCCUUCAUAGGCUCUGGGGACAGCUCACCCGAGGACAGCUAUCGACUUCUUCCUGGAUUCUAGCUUAG